CCCACCGCCCUCUUCUGUCCUCACCAGGUGUUUCAGGAAGUAGCACUAGCUGUUUGGCUGGUUAGCUCCAACCCUGAAGCUCUGGUAGAUGAGCAUGUCCGUUCAGCUUGCAAUGCUGGGGCUGAGGGGAACAGGGAAGGUUUUAUAAAUGGAUAGAUUGCAGUCAGUUGCCAAAACAACCGAUGUACUGUAUCUGCAAAGGUGAGUUAAAUGGAAACGUUCCAGGGGCUUCACUCUGCUGGUUAUGUUUGCAUCCACCUAAUGAAUAUCUGGAAAUAUUUUGACAAUCUGUGGUCCCUUUUAUCUGUAGAAUUACACAUAAUUAGCAGCACUCAGGAACCCAGACAGGUGUGUGCAUGUACAGAAUGAGGUACAGUCUUGUGUGUAGUGAAGAGAGCAUUUAAAAUGAACGUUGAUAGUAGUGCAAACCAUAGAACGCCUGUUACAUAGCAUCUACCCAGUGCUAUUCAUCUUCAAAGCACUUUAUAGACAAAUCAGUGAGCUUUGGAUUAGGACCUAAAGUCGAUGGAAAGAUUCCCGUUAAAUUCAGUGGUGUUUAGAUCAUAUAUUAUGGGCCAGUGUGGUCUAGAGAUUAAGUGGCUAGAAAUCAAUAGCUAUUAGCCAAGAUGGUCAGGGAUACAGCCAUAUGCUCUGAGUGUCCCUAAACCUCUGACUGCCAGAAGUUGGGACUGGAUGGAUGACACCCAAUUGUGCAACUCAGUAGAACUCUUCCCUGUUUCACAGCUGAGAAACUAAGCAGAGAGGCUUCUCCAAGACACUCUGGCAGACCGGAAUUAGCCCUCCAGAGUUGCUUGCUCCCACUCCUGUGCUCAGAAUACUGUACCUCUCCAACAGGAUUUACAACCUGUAUGUUCAGCAGGUUUAUGGUAGCGAUAUGGAAACGAAGUUAUGACAUAACUUUAUUUUCACACGGAGUCCUUGGUAUGAUUGUUUGAAAGCCAGCUGUGGCCCGUAGACAAAAUUCAUCCCUGCUUUAAACAAGCACAAUCCCAUUGUCCACAAUGGCGUUUCACUCACUUAGAUCACAGAUGAAUUUGGCCCCAUAAAUGCCUGUACACCAGCAGCCCUCUAUUUACUCUAGGCAGAUUGAGUGGCCAGUUGGUAAAUUACUGGUAUGGAUUUGAACUAGUGACCAAGAACUGACAGAUGCAAGAUCCUGUUACCAAUCCGCCGAAAUGUCCAACCCUCUCUCAUGGGCGAUUGUUUGGCAUUCUUGGCACACAGUCCAAGAAAAUUACCCAUCCGGUCUGCACUCCGAAGGCCCUGGAACGUGUGUUUCUAUAGUCAUGAACAGUCUGCUAGUUGGUGAAAGCUGGGCAUGACUUUUCCUGAGUCGGGCCCUUAAGGAAAUAUUUGCUCAGCUUUCCCCCAGCUGUAAUGCCUGACUCCCACCAUGCUCUGAGGGCUUUCAUCCUGAAAUGAGAGCAAAGCAAAUGCCUGAGAUGCCUUGUGCAGGUUUCUCAUUAAAUAGGCACAUAGUGCUAAGCAACAGCUUUAAUUGAAAUGGAAAUGGGGGGCAGUGGGUGAUGACAAAUGCAGCUUUGUGGAGAAGCUACGCUAUCUUUGUGACACUGAGCUGUCAGGUUUUAGCAGAAGAGUUGCAAAUUCUCUGCAAAACUCCAUGGACGAGGACUGGGGGAGCUUUUGAUCCAAAAUCCUUCUUUCAGGGUGAAAAGAUCUAUGACCAGACUAAAUCAUCAUGUUACAAACGUAACUUGGCCUUGGUUACACAAAGGAACCAUUCAGUCAGAGCAGAAUGACCCAGUUAUGGAUUCUGGGACAGAGUUAUUUUCAUUUUUUUUUUUUUUGACCAAAGAGAGUUGAACCAUUUGAUUGAAACAACCUUGCGAUUUUAACUUUUCGCGCUGGGGCAAACAUUGGAAAAAGCAGCCGCCGGCUUCCCCUCUGCCAGUAACUUUCUGAAUUCCCAUUCUCAGUUUAUUAAAAAAAACUAUUAAUAGAACUCUUUACUAUUGUAACAAAUCCAUGACGAUGAGCUCUCACUGUGGUGCGCAUACUGGCCAAUUAGUACUUAAUAAGGACAGAACUCAGAUCCUCCGGCUCCACCAGCCAAAGGCCAAGGUUCUCAAAAAUCAGAGUGACAUUCUGGCCCUGUCGCAGUCACUGGGAGUUUUGCCAUGAACUUUAUUGGGGCCAGUAUUUCACCUUACGUGCCUAAAGUUAGGCUCCUAAAUCUCUAUUUAGUCUCUCAAGUGGCCUAAUUUCCAAAACGUCUGAGAAUCCAGCAGCUCAUGUUGAGCCUGGUGCUCCAUACUUUUAAAGAUCAUUUACUUAGGAGCCUAACUCUAGGCUCCAGGUUUCAUAAUCUUGGUCCAGAUUCUCAUUAUUUAACUACUAAAGGAGAAUCACUAUUAGCUGCUAGCAGUAUAGGGCAUAUGCUAUAAAGUUUAACCAUUCUGAUUCCAUUGAGCAGAAAGGGAUGUAACUCACACAUGGAUGCCAGCUCAAUGCAGUAUUAAUACAAAUCUCCAUCCCCCACCCCUCCCAAAACAUGGCAUACAUAAAAAGUUAUCCAUCAAAGGCAUGAUCGUCUAUUUGCAGGAAAUGAUUGAUACCUAUUUCUAUCAUAGAUGAAAACAGCAGCCUUUGUCCGCCAGGUCUAUAUACGCAAUCCAGGGUACUGCCGUUGUGCUUCAUUGCCUUCUCGUGGCCCAGCGCAUCACUGGGAUAGCAGACUAGGAGAACCCCAGUCAGCUGUGUGCUGGGGAGCGUACAUGCCCUGUCGGUUCCCAUGGUGAUCGUGAGCUCCCUAGCUCCUGGCACCCAGUGACAACUUGUCAACCGAAUACUGGGCCAGUACAGUAUGUUCUCGAUGCACCCACAGAACAAUGACCACGUGUUGACAGUCUCUCUAAGCCUGCUGCCCAGCCCCUUUUACCAUUGCCCUUUUCAUUCCUCUUCCUUCAGUGGCAGGAAGAGCUCCUGCCAAGACCCAGGUUCAGGGAUUUGUGUUCCGCUUGGUGCCACAGUUGACCACAAACGCAGCAGGCUGUACAGCCUCCUGCUCUGUUAACGAUGGCAAACCUGACCUCUGCUUUCAGGAGGUAAGGAAGGGGGCAGAAGUGGAUCUGUGGUUUUGCAAUGAUGCGAUCAAGCCCCACAGAUGAAAGGUGCUGUAGCAGUAUAAAGGAUCGUUGUCAAGGCAAAAAUGUGAGUUAACUGGAGCCUCCUGGCCUCAUGGGUGGAGACUCAAUUAUGUCCCAGUUUUUUCCUGAGAGAUGGAACCCAGCCCCAGCAAAGGCGAUUCGAGUCAUGACCCCGCUUCUUUUCCCAGAAACUGCACCUGGUGUUUGCAGUUUCUUUCUUUGGUAGAUUCUGCUUCCGCAAAGCUUUUUGAGGAUAGUGUGGGAGGGGGAGAGAGAGAUCUUCAAGGAGCCUCAGUGGCCAAGAUAGUCCUAGAUUAGCAUUUGUCUUUACUUGUUAGCUGGCUGGUUGAGUGUGUGGUAAACCUGUGCAACUUAUCGUUUUCCCCAUCUCACCAGUUGGCUUCUCUCCAUUUAAAAAAGCCUUAUAUUGGGCUCUGGGUUAGCUUUAAUUUUACAUGACACAAAGCAAACAGAUACUAAGAACUUGCCCAUAAAGUGUACAAUAUCCCAGUGGUGUGUAAGAAAACGAGUAAGGCACACUCCUGAUCAGUAUAGACGAGAUUCAGCUCAAGCAUCAAGCAUUGAGGAAUGAUUUAAUCGUGAUAGGUUGGAGGGCAUUAUAUCUUUAAAUCAAAGAGUUGAAAUAGAUUUUGUGGUCUCUAUGAAGUGGUGUUUGGAUCCUUCCACAGUUGAAGGAUUAUUUUAAUGGCUAAGGUUACUAGUAACACACAGAAUGCUGACGGGGCUAUAAAGCGUUUCCUACAUUAACAUGUACAGGCUAUAUGUUUUCCCUGAGAAUGCUACCACAUGAAGUAGAAAGAAGAAGCAAACCAAACUCCCACAAUCGAUCCAGUCACACACAUGUCCUGUCCCACUUCAGAUGCAUUAGUAAGAGUGGGCUGGAUUGCGUACCUCAUUUCACUUUGCCAUUGUGGCUCUGUUAUAGGAUGUGCCAUCUGUGGGAUCAUAAUUGACUGCAAUGUGAUUUAAUUACAGUCAUGGGUUUUUUUCCACCUAGGAUGAAGAAAGUAAUUUGAUGAUUUAAAUCUUCCUUUGGCAUAAAGGUUUUUUUCUUCCCCCUCCCCUCGGAAAACUCUAAAAGAGAGAGAGUGCAAAGUAUUUUACUUAUUAUCAUAGAUACAUGCUGUAGAAUCUCAUGCAUUCUCCUGUUUGCCAACCCCAAACCUAAUCAUUCUCACAAAUCUCGCCUUACCUCACUUGUCAGCAAAGAUUUAGUGGGGCGAAAUCUCCUAAGGCUUCAUGGACAUUAUGGAAUGUUUACUAUAGAGAUUUAUCACAAAUAAUCAAAAUUGACACAAUUGUCAAAGUACAUUUGCGGAUGCAGUAGCCUUUUUAAAAUAGCCUCUUUGUUCGUUUACUGAAUCACAAAAUUUAGUACUCCUGACUGAGGGCUCGUCUCCGCUAACCGGGGGAUCGACACGCGGCGAUCGAUCCACUGGGGGUCGAUUUAGCGGUUUUAGUGAAGACCUGCUAAAUCAACCGCCAAUUGCUCUCCCGUCGACUCCGGUACCCCACUGGAACGAGAACCAUAAGCUGGAAUCAAGAUGACGACAGCUGCACCACUGGGCAAUAAUACCCUGUCUCCAACAAAUGUGACCACAAAGUCUCAAGAAGAAAUUCUUUAUCAGAGUUCCGGAGCAAUCGUAGCUGCCAUCGUAGUUGGAGUGAUUAUUAUAUUCACAGUGGUUCUGCUCAUGUUGAAAAUGUAUAACAGACGCAUGAGGGAAAAACGAGAGCUGGAACCCACAAGCAUCAAAGCCAAGAUCCCACCUGCUUUUGGACAGAACAGUAACAAUGCUAACCGACCCAAAACAGUAGCUAUCAUACCAGUGGACAUCCAUAUGCAGAACAGAUGACUGUGGACCUUGGCCCUACCUAUGGGAGAUCACUCUCCUUGAAGAAUGAGACUUGACAACCGGACUCUUUGUUCACAUAGACCUGUGACUCUUUACCAGAGGAGGAUUGGCACUGGAAUAGUGACUACGCGUGGAGUUGAAACCAAGGAUUACGUGGGUAACUGGCCACGUUUUUUCUUUUAUUAGAAGGAAAAAAUAAAAUGCUGAGCACCUUUGUAUGGCUGAUCUAACAAUGUGAUGGCAUUAUAUCAGCAGGAACAUGAAGAAUCUUAUUUUCUCUGUAGAAGUUAAGUGGCAACAAGUGGCAAAAAUACCCUUUAGAUGGGUCAAAAGAUGCACACUCCUUUAUUUACAGUGUCCUUGAUGAGUCGUGAGCAGUUUGGUGGGCUUUCUUUUCCUCUCCUGCAGUGAUCAGUAGUGAAGAAAAUGAAAGAUCUGGAUGUAAAGGCUACAACUAUGCUUCAUUCUUGGAUUUGUUAUGCUUGUAUCUUUUUAUAUUUUUAGCAUGAGGAAUAACAUGUGAAGUAACAAAACUGUAUUUAGACUUCACUGGCCUUUCUGAUUCCCAAUCAGAUACAUAGAUGUGGAUUCAGAUAAAACAGGGUAUGAAUGUGAUAUGCU